CGCCGUGCGGGGAAGGCGGAGCCGUGAGGGCCGUGAGGGGCCGUGAGGGGGGCGCGGGACGAGGCCGGAGCCGGCGGGCCCGACCAUGGAGAGCCCCGUCAGCAGCGGCUCCCUGAGGGGAGAGAUCAGCUUCUGGGCCGACAGGACCCCAGUGCACGAGGCUGCCCGGAGAGGGGAGAUCCUGCAGCUGCAGCAGCUCAUCGAGAGCGGGGCCUGUGUCAACGCCGUCACCUACGACUCCAUCACCCCCCUGCACGAGGCCAGCCUCAGGGGGCAGACCCAGUGUGUCAAACUGCUGCUGGAUGCAGGGGCACAGGUGGAUGCCAGGAACAUCGACGGCAGCACCCCCCUGUGCGACGCCUGCGCCUCGGGGAGCAUCGAGUGUGUCAAGGUGCUGCUGUCCCACGGGGCCAAGGUGAACCCCCCCCUGUACACGGCCUCUCCUCUCCACGAAGCCUGCAUGAAUGGCAGCCCCGAGUGCGUCCAGCUGCUCAUCGACGUCGGCGCCAACCUGGAGGCUCACGACUGUCACUUUGGGACUCCCCUGCACGUGGCCUGUGCCAGGGAGCACCUGGACUGUGCCAAGCUGCUGCUCAAGGCAGGGGCCAACGUGAACGCUGCCAAGCUGCAUGAGACGGCCCUUCACCACGCGGCCAAGGUGAAGAACGUGGACCUGGUGGAGAUGCUGGUGGAGUUCGGAGGGAACAUCUACGCCAGGGACAACCGGGGCAAGAAACCCUCGGAUUACACCUGGAGCAGCAGCCCCACAGCCAAGUGCUUCGAGUACUACGAGAAGACGCCGCUGAGCCUGUGCCAGCUGUGCCGGGUGACGGUGAGGAAAGCGGCCGGCCAGGGGGCCCUGCAGAAGAUCUCCAAGCUUGACAUUCCCCCCCGGCUCAUCCAGUACCUAUCCUACAACUGACACAGGAUGGGCGGGCGGGAAAACCCCCCGCAGCUGCCAGGCCACCAAGUAUCUGCUCUUCCUCCUCUGCCUCCCCCGUCCCCCAAGAAGCUGCUGUCAAUUGAAGCAAAGUGCUGUCAGCGGCGUUUCCGAGGCACCGCUUCCUUCUCCUCCGGGGCAGAUUCCACCUGGGGGGCCGGGAAUGCUCCUGGCAGGGGGGGUGUGGAUUUUUAGGCUCGUGGAGUGGGAUUGUUGUCUCCUGGUUUUCCCGGCACCCCCCUGUGCUCCAGCCUUUGCAGCCGGCAGGGGGUAAAUGGAUACUCCUGGAAUGGGAUUCAUCCGUCCCCUCUCAGAUUCCCUGCGGGCACCUGUCCCUGCUGGCUGCAGAGGGGUGGGCGGGGAAUGACCUUGGAUUUGGGAAUUAAUUCCCCCAGUUAAGCUCAGGACGAAUUGGAGGCCCUGCCUGGCUUUUCCAGGAGGAUCCCCAGGCUUUGGCUGCUCAGCAGGAGGAAGGAAAAGCCUCUGCCGGGCUUGGCUCCGGCUCCUUCCUCUCUGAGCGUCCCCCCCAUUCCCAGGCUCAAUUCCAAGGCCAGGGAGGCUUCCCUGCUCCCAAAAUAUUCCCUCUGCUCUCCCAGCUCCGUGUGCAAUAAGUGGGAUGUGCAUCCCACGUGUGUAUCCCUGUGGGAUUGCAGGCUCUGCCUGGAAUUCUGGGGAUUUUUAGGUGGAUUUAUUUCCCACUUGGGAAUGCCCCUGCAGAGGUUGGCAGCUGGAAUUCCUGGGGCUUUGUCCUUGGGAAGGAAGCGGGGGGAAGGUGGUGAUGUUUGGGCAGAGCCAUAAUUACCAAUUCCAGAGGUGACGUUCCCUAUUGUCCUUGGUCAGAAUUCCAUGGGAUCCUGGGUGGGGAUGGAGACGCCCCUGGCAGAUCUGAGCGCUGUGAUGAGAACACAAACCCCUCCAAGGCAGGAUGAGCCCCCCUAUCCCGGGUGGAAUGCUGAGCUCCCACCAUCCUUCCUGCUGGGAACCCAUCCCGGCUGUCCUUUCUUUGGGAAUGAGGCGGGAAGGGCCCGAUCCAGGCUGGGAGAGCUGAGCUCAAGCACUUUAUGGGAAGCACAAACUCUUUCAUUUGUCAUUUGUGAUUAAAUUCCCUCCCCCCCAGUGCCCUUCGUGGGGUUUGAUUUCGGAGCCGGAUGGAAAAAUUCCCCAAAAAUUCCAUUCUUGCCAUCCCGGCUUUUGGCAUCUCCGGAAAUGGGAAGCUCAGGGAAGCCUCCAGGGUUUUGGAGGGAUGAAGUUUUUUUAGGGAAUGCUUUGGGGUUUGGAAGGCACUUCCCCAGGCCCUUUAUUCCAAGCUUUUUUCCCUUGGAUCUUCCCGGGAAAAGCUCCCACCAAGCUUGUGCCGGCCCAGACCCCGGGACUGGGGGGAAAAGUUGCCCUUUGGGGGCAAAUCCAAGGAUGGAGUGGAUUUUUUUGACCUUGCUGGAAAGGCUGAAGGGGUGGAAUCCCGAAGGAACUGCAGGAAAGGCCCCAAAAAUUCCUUGGCCAAGCAAGAAUAAAAUUCCCGGCUCCUCCUCGGGACAUCUUGAGGGUUUUUUGUCCCCUCUCUGUGAAGUCCUAAAGUUGGGAUCUUUAUUUUAAAGCUCUUUGAAAUGGGGUUUAAAGUUCUUUAUUUUAAAUCUCUGCAUUUUAAAUCUCUGCAUUUGAAAUCCCUUAAUUUUAAAUCCCUUUAAUUUGAAUUUGGUUUAAAUCUCUCUAUUUUAAAUGUCUUUAUUUUGCCUCUCUUUGAUUUUAAAUUCCUUUAUUUUAAAUUCCUUUAUUCUAAAUUUCUUUUUAUUAAAUCUCUUUAUUUUAAAUCUCUUUAUUUUGAAUUUAUUUUAAAUCUCUCUAUUUUAAAUGUCUUUAUUUUACAUCUC